AUGGGACCAUCUACAAAAUUCCAGCUAAUAUCUCUGUUUGUAGUUUCUGUAUUUACAGUCAGGGUGUCAAGUUCGUUUCCAAGUAAGGUUGACGUGAGAAAUCCGAGGUUAAACAGAACUACAGGUCGAUUUAUGAAGAUAGGAGGAACCACUUUCCAGACCAUCCGCUCAAGUAACGGCAAUAACCACCUGGUGGGAAUAACGAACGGAAAAUCAACAGGAAUAGGGGGUAUCUUGGGGGCUAAGGAAAGUAAAGCCUUCGGAGAUAGUUUACGACAGGGAUUAAGGAAAGUGAUACCGUUAGCAAGUAACGUCAAACAUAACAACAGAAUAUCAUCAACGGGAAAAACCUUGAUAAGGAACAAUAAUUUUAAUUCAAGACAAAUACAAAUUAAUCAACAUGGAAAUUCUAUGCGGAAAGGCACAGGGACCGGAAUAGUUGGAAAUAUUCUAAAAGUCGGAGCAAAUGCCGUUAACAAAAUGGGUAAUAUGCAAAGAAAUUUUGCAGGACAAUCAACUAGCGGUAAUCGUGGACGAUUAAAUAAUGUAGCUAGCAAGAAUGGAGUUGGAAGUGCUAACACCCAAUCAGGGAGUGCAACACGUGUUCAGCAGUUGUCUAGAAGUUCCAACACAAAUGUACAAUCCAAGACGCCAGCGAAUAAUGGUGGCAUUCAUGGGAAAAACACAGUUCGGGUGUCACAAGCAGGAAAUGUACGACAUAGUAUUAAAAAUGUCAAUCAAAACACAAGACAACUUCGAGGCCAGUCAUUAAGUGCAAGAAGAGGGUCAGGAAACACAAGAGGUGUUUCAUCAACUUCCACAAAAGGCCGAAUAGGGAGUGUGCGAUCAUCCAGCGGCCGGACUGUGUCAUCGCCAGGAUCUUCGAAUGGUAGAAUUGCAGGCGUUGCAACAAAUCAAAAUCAAAAUGGGGUAAGUUGGAAUAAUAACGCUGUAAAUAAGAGAGGCAGUUUGCUUAGAAAAAGGAUAUCGGAGGGAAACGUGUUGAGAAACUCAAGAAACUUCAACAGGAACAGUGGUCAAUCUGCCCGGCAAUCGCAACGAUUCGGUAAUCAACAAUCAGGGCGAUUUAAUGCUGGUCAAAAUAGGAUGACAAGAAUAUCUCAACGCGGAGGUGGACAUCAUCCGUUUCAGGUAUCCUCGGGAAUGCAGUCCAACAUAAGGCGUAGAACGGGAGGACUUGCGAGAGGUAUAUCUAACAAUGGUAAAAGGGUUGUCGUUCAAAAUGGCAGGCGCAUCAUUGUGUCUCCUUCACGUUCCUCUUUGUAUCAGAAGCGCCAGGAGACUCGCCAACAACAGAGCCGGCGCCAAGAAAUAAUAGAUGGCGAUCCCGUAGAAGGGCUGGAGAACAUGGACAUCGAUAACAUUAUAGGAUUGGCGUCGAAAAUUGCUUCGGUGAAGUUAGCAAAUUCAAUUAUAUCUUCUUUUAAUGGGCAGGAAGGGACACAACAACUAUCACGGUUCUUGAUUGAUUCCGAGCUCGACAUCGUUCCGGAAUUAAUUGUUCCAGUUCCAAAGCAAGCCGAACAGGCUUCUACGCGACGAAUCGUUACCAUGACACGACCAGCAUCGGCUGUCAAACAAUUGCAGUCCCCACCAGUGGCUAAAAACCAGGUCACGGUAGCGUCACGUGGAUACGGGACUCCCGUACUGCUGCAGUCGAAUGGAGACAUCCAAUUUUCACGAGUUGAUCAAACAGGAAAGGAAAUAUCAAGCGUCACAAUAAGUAAGGGAAAAAGUAAGCAAAUCAAAAAGGGAAAUAAGGUCAACGCUAAAUCUAAAACAAAACCUGGUAAUGGAACCGGAACCGGAACUACUCCUGCGGGAGGGGCAAGUAAGCAAGUACCGGGAGAGGAAUUAGAAAUGGAAAUGGAAACGGAAGGACUUUCGACGACAACAAUAGCGGCUACGACAAAAACUAAAAAACCUUUGUUGCCACCAACAACAACAGUAGCGAACUCCGUCAUCGUGUCGUAAGCAGCUAAUAUAUUCAGUUCUCGUUCCAGUUCUCGUUCAGACGUUACUUCGUCCGUUCUUGGAAUGUGCCGUGAUACUUGUAAAUAGACGGGAAACGGAGUGAGAGUCAGUAAUUAGAUAGAAUGGAAUUAUUCGAAAAAUAACCGGUACUUACAAGCAUUUAUUGUGUAUUUUGCAAAGUUGAACGAUAUCGGAGCCGUCAUAUCGUCCAUGCAAAGUGUUUACUUUGAUUAAGCUGAUCAAAUGAAGAAACUAGGUCAAAUUUAUGAGAAAUAAAUGUUGUAGAAAUUGAAUUCAUUUCACAAAAGCAAUCACCUAAUGGCUGUUUGGCUAGAUUUAAGGACGCCCGUACCACUGCCGAAAACAACAAAAAAUAUUUGGAAUUCUCUUUUUUCCCAGCAUGAAUAUAGCUUUAAUAAAAAAAAUCUGAAAAAAAAUCCCUUACCUUGGGGAGUUUUUUUACGAAAAACAUUAUAAAAAUGAAAUUUUAAAAAAAAUGUCAACAAUUGUGGUCGGAAAAUAUAGAAAUACAACAGGGCCAGAGUAAGAUUCGAACCCGGGACCUCUGAUUAUUAUUCUGUCGCUGUAACUUAUUAAGGACUUGGUCAGUGUUAUACCACUGACCUAGUGUCACUGUAGUUCUUUCCUAAACGGAAUUGGGGGGAGGAAACUGCAUUUCCAUAACCCUACAGUGGAUUUUUCUAGAGUUUUGCCAUCCUCGAUACACCAGGUGUUAAUUAUAAGCUCACUUACGCUCUCUGCGCCCCUGGAAUAUGCCGUAGCAAAAUUGAAGGCUUGGUGUUCGACACAUUGUUGAUGAGACAAGAAGACUAGUUUGACCCUUUGAUGCCCAUCAAAAGAAUUUCGCGGGCGUUUAACGGUAAACAUUGGCUGUCUUUGAAGUCGAGUGUCACUCCUUUGUAAUCUUCAAAGAACAGGUAUCAGCCUAGCGAUUGGUCAGUUCUUUUUAUCCUGAGACCAAUCUAACAGCAUUGUUUUUGCGUUCAAUUUUACUAUGACAUAUUACAGGGGUGCAGAGACCGAAAGUGGGCGUAACCCCUUGAGCAUUGAGGAAGGUGUUUUGCUUGCAGUGGUACAGGGAUAUUUCAACCAAGAAACAUAGUAUAUAUCUGAAUCAUUUGAAUCAGUCUGACAUCACGACGUCGUAUCAUGAAAUGGCGCCAACAUUUUUGAAGGCAAUAGUUUACUAAAAGAAAAAUAGUAUAUUGUAUUUUUACAAAAGCGUUACGAGGAACUGUUUUAUUUUGCAUAGAUCGGUGUUUGACCAAUUACAAGAAUAAAACGAUAAUGAAGAUUUCGGCUACUCCAUCUUAGCUGGAAUUAUGCAAUUUACCAAUGUUAAAGGCGUGAAAUACAUUGUAUUUGCUGAGUAGCAAUGGUAUGAAAGGGUAACAUUACGUGAAAUUCUAGGGAAUUAUUCGAUGGUUAUAGUAUGGAAACUAUAUGUCUUUUUCAUAAAACCCUAGAUGGCCGCUGGCGGCCAUUUUGGUUUUCAGAUCUAGCUCUUAAUCGAAAAUAUUUUGCUCUUCAAAUCAAUGUGUAACUAUGUUAUUGCAUUGGGAACAAAUACACAGAUUGGGCAUAACUAAUUUUAGUUAUACUUAAUACAAAGCUAAAUAUGAGACAACAUAUUUCUUUGAGAAAACGAUCAAGACAGUCACUUAAAGAAAUGUUUAUUAGAUACAAACUGCAGCAGAACAACAUGCAUCCCAUAUAUUUUAGAGACGGUGAGGCCACGUAUUGUACUUCCAUUGGUCGAAUAAUGGAACUCAUUCUUUGAGCGGAUGUACAUGUACAUUGUAUAUGUGAUGUGCACAAUUGUUGAUAUAUUCAUUCGCACAAUGCGGGACUGGAAUAUUGUUCUUGUUUCAGCAGCAAUUACGGUUUUCUAUCUAGUAAAACUUGACGUUGAUAUCACUUUUGACUUGAUUUGUAAUAUUAAAGGAAAUUUAA